AUGGAAGAAGUUUGUGCCCUCACGGAUCUUGAUGAGAUGAAAAAUGGCAUACGAAAGUGGCUAGACGAGUUCCCAAACCAAGGCAUCCAUCUCAUGGUGUUCCGCGCCGCAGUCGACAACCAUCCGCAAGUCAUAACCCAUCUCCUCGAACUCGGCAUAUCCCCUACCCUCGACCAUCCAACAUUCAUAGUCCCCUUCCACGCAGCCUGUGCCAACAACAACAACAUAGCCUGCGCGAAAAUCCUCCUAACAAGCGGCCUAGAUAUCAACACCCGAGAUGAAGUAGGCGGUACACCUCUCAUGCGCGCAGCAGUCGGCGGCCACACAGAAAUCGUCCGCUGGUUACUAGCGAAUAACGCAGUUCCGAAAACUCCGUGA